CAGGACUGUGUGCCUUCCAGUCUCUGAGAUGCGAGGACCCUAUGCCCCGGGCAGGAGCCUUGAGUUUCCCACCAACAGCAAAGCUGCUUUUUCAGCAGUUGGAAGAGUGUCUUGCCAUAGUGGGAGGACAGGAAGAGUACCAGAUGGGCAGCUGCAGCCUCUGACCCUAAGUGCAUCCCUUCCUUCCUUGGGCUUCUGAUGCCUCAGCCGUGUAGUCUGUGCUGUUGCUUUUCCAGCCCAGCAUCUGUUCUCACGUCCAAGUCCAGCAUCUCAGCUUUCUUUGGGAACCACAUCUCACCUGCCUCCCAUCCAAACAGUUCCAGAGGGCAGACACCCCAUUCCACCCACCUUGAAGAUGGACGUAUGAUCCAAGUCUACCCAACUCCACGCUCUGUCCUCUGGGUGCUCUGAUGGCUUCAAGGAUGAGAGUGACCCAAGCCAGGCCAAAGACACUUAAAAGCCAAGACUUUUCAUGGAACCAAGGGAAAGAGAAACGCUUCCCAGUAGAAUGGAUGGAAUUGAUACGGUAACUUAAUUGGGAGAAUAAAGAAAAAGAAAGUGGAGGCCAAACAAGAGGCUGAGGAUUGCAUUAGCGAUAAACCAGUUCACGCCGGAGCCCUGGGAAGGAAGCGUCUCUGUUGGAUCCGGCCUCUUCGUGGGACUCUCAGAACAGUUACCACCAGGUAGACGCCGCCUGUCACCAUGGGUAAAGGAGACCCCAACAAGCCGCGGGGCAAGAUGUCCUCCUACGCCUUCUUCGUGCAGACCUGCCGGGAAGAGCACAAGAAGAAACAUCCAGACUCUUCUGUCAAUUUCGCCGAAUUUUCCAAGAAAUCUUCGGAGAGAUGGAAGACCAUGUCUGCAAAGGAGAAGUCGAAAUUUGAAGAUAUGGCAAAAAGUGAUAAAGCUCGGUAUGACAGGGAGAUGAAAAAUUAUGUGCCUCCCAAAGGUGACAAGAAAGGAAAGAAAAAAGAUCCCAAUGCUCCUAAAAGGCCUCCGUCUGCUUUCUUCCUGUUUUGCUCUGAACAUCGCCCAAAGAUCAAAAGUGAACACCCUGGUUUAUCCACUGAACAGUCAGCCAAAGAUAAACAACCGUAUGAACAGAAAGCAGCAAAGCUAAAGGAGAAAUAUGAGAAGGAUAUUGCUGCAUAUCGCGCCAAGGGCAAAAGUGAAGCUGGAAAGAAGGGCCCUGGCAGGCCAACAGGUUCAAAGAAGAAGAAUGAACCAGAGGAUGAGGAGGAAGAGGAAGAGGAGGAAGAAGAUGAAGAUGAUGAGGAAGAGGAGGAAGAUGAAGAAUAAAUGGCUAUCCUGUAAUGAUAUGUGUGGAGUGUGUGUGUGUGCUCAGGCAAUUGUUUUGCUAAGAAUCUGAAUUCAAGUGCAGCUCAAUAUUAGCUUCAGUAUAAAAACUGUACAGAUUUUUGUAUAGCUGAUAAGAUUCUUUGUAGAGAAAAAACUUUUUUAAAAAUGCAGGUUGUAGCUUUUUGAGGAGCUACUACAUACAGUUAGAUUUUAAAGCUUCUGAUGUUGAAUGUUUCUAAAUAUUUAAUGGUUUUCUUAAUUUCUUGACUUGUGUAUUGUAGCACAGCAAACUUGUAGGAAUUAGUAUCAAUAGUAAAUUUUGGGUUUUUUA